AACAACCAUGAAAAUAAACGUAGCGAUGAACUUCAUAAAACGCGUUCUCCAGCUAACCACGGAUGGACAGAUCGAACAACAGAAGAAUCAAAUCUUCCAAAAUCUGAGGAGAAACGACUAUCCCUCCUCGCUCAUAAAUAGAAUGUUGAAUCGCAUUACCAGCAACAAUGCGCCUCCACCACCCACUAGCCAAAGACCACCUCCACCACCGCUAUCCCCAGGACCACCGCCACCAGCACUACCGCAAAGCACCCCAACGUCAACACAGCUACUGCCAUCUCUGCCGUCACCACCACCUCCGCCACUGCAGACAUCACCUUCAAUGUCACCGCCAAUGCAAUUGCAACCAAGCAUCACAAAUCCACCAACAGAACAGCACCAAACGAACAGCCCACAACGAGAUCAUCAACACCAAGCCACAGAAGUUCUCUACCGAUCGAUGCCAAACAUUCCGACCUUGAUCCGCACCAUCUCCAACAUCCUGAAAAAAGAAUACAACCAGGUAAAAAUAGCCACCAGGAACAUUAAAACAACCAAAUCCCUGCUAAGACCGAUCAAAGAUCCAGUUCCCCCAAAUGAUCAACAUAACAUUGUUUAUAGUACUCCUUGCAACAACUGCGAAGGAGUCUAUAUAGGAAUGACUACGAACCAACUCAAAAAACGAAUGAGCGGACACAAAUCAGAUGUAAACAAAAUUGUAAAUACACCAACAGACAUCACACAAGCAAAAACAGCUCUCACACAGCAUAUGAUAGAACACAACCACACGUUUAACCUCGACGGUACAAAAAUAGUAGAUCGCACUCUCCGAUCCACCGCUCUACCAAUAUUGGAAAUGUGCCAUAUACAAAACACAUCCAAUACUAUAAAUUUCCGCACCGAUGUAGAUGGACUCAAUACUGCCUACGCUGGCAUAUUGCACACAAUUAAAACAACCAACUCUCGUAGAGAACAACUUAGAAAUAGUACACACAACACACACCAUUAGUUUUAGAACAAGUCCAAAGUACGAUAAAGCCAAAAACUUUAUCCAACUGCACGAAAGCUCCACCUUGCCUCACCCGCCAUCUUUUAACCAACCGUAGAAUAUCAUUUUGUAAUCGUACAGUCCAGGUCGUUGAUAAUAGGUGUGUCCAGUCCAGUGUCCCCAAACAAAAUCAAAUAGUUAUUUCGUAAGUUUUUGAAUAUGGUAAAAAAUGUUAAAUGUCCCUAAUAAGUGUUAUUUACAAAAUCCAGGCAUACAAGAAGCCAAACAUGAAAA